GCAUUACCCUAUCAUCAGGCCAUCUCCCAAGCCUUCAUAUCACCCUUGAAUAUACCCUGAACUACACUACAACCCCUGCCAACCAAACCAACACCAUGCCUCUCUUCGGAUCCCGCCGCGAGACUACUCCUCCUCCCGCUACCACAUCCCCAACCACCACCUCCCACAAGACUGGUCUCUUCCGCCGCCGUUCAUCCUCUCCCCAUUCCCCCACCACAUCCACAUCUCCAAGGCGACACUCGGGACUCCUCCACCGGGGCCCAACAGAGGAUGCUUCCAUCAUAGCUGCAAGGGAGAGCCUGAUGCAAGCCGAGGCCCUCGAGAGGGAGGCAGACAGGGCACUGUUCAACGCCCGUGCCGCCGUCCGAGAGGCUCGCGAGAAUGUCAAGAGGCUUGAGCGCGAAGCUGCUGAGCAGGCUAGACUGGCCAAGAUCAAGCAGACGCAGGCGAAGGCUAUUGGCAAGAGGGGCAAAGCUCUUGGACGUAAGUUCGUCGCUUGAAAGUCGAUAUUUGGGCAGUGGUGCUGAUGUACAUGUAGGUCAUGGUCUAUAAACGUUGCGAACACUAUUAUCCAGAUUUAAAAAAGUGUGAGCCAUGAUCUAUUAACCCUCGAAAGUUGGGUACGGGCCCCAAUAUAUCCCGCAUGGCGAGUAUUCCGAAACGAGCGAC